AUGCCUCCCAAGACCCCUCCUGGGAGGAGUACCGUAGGCGGUCCAGGACGUCGGGUGUCUCCAAUGCGCGCUCAUUAUCCAGCAAAAGACGACUGGAUCCUGCAUCCACUGUUCCUGGUGGAAAGAAGCCGAGUCACACCGCCACACACUUCUUCUGUGACGGAAACAACCUCUACUUCACUUGUUAUCGACUGCGUUGUGCUGGCACAGCGUAUUAUUGCUCAUCAGAACUGCUCAGAGGCACAGAAAUGCCGAGCGCUUCUCCUUCCCCCGACUCCUCCCUGCAAGAGACCAACGUUCAGCAGAGAUACCUUGUACCCAGUUGCACUCCAGAAAUUGCUGCGGCAACUUCAAGAUAUGAAGGAUACUGCUGGAGAGCCAAUAUUUGACCCUUCCUGUGCUAUAUUUGUCUGCAACCGCUGGGAUCUGGUACCGGAGGACGCAAGGGAAAAAGCUUUACAGAAUGUGCGUUUGGCAGUGAGUGAGGGCUGGAAGCGGCCCAUGGAUUCAUCAAAGCAGAUAUUUACCCUUUCUGCUAAAAAGGCGUGGCAGCAUAGUCAGGCUGGGUACAUGACUCACGACUACAGGCGACUGGUCAGAGGCAUCGAGGGCCUGAUUCCAGUGAGUUUGCAAAGAAGGACGGAACAAGUGCACCGAUGGGGCAAACAUCUAGCACAGCGCACCAUAGAUCAUGCACAGAAGUAUCUUUCUUCUGCCAGUUUAACUAGGGAUGAACUUAAGAAGAAACACAGCUUACAGGAGAAACGGUUGAACAGUCUUGAGAUACAUUCUGCAGACAUUUUGGAACGCCUUGAGGAGCACCUUAAUAAAGAAUGUAAAACAAUAACUGAUGAUCUUUCUAAAUAUCUAAGCAGCGAUCCGGUCUUUGUUCGAGUUACUUCUUGGACCAAUGGUGAAGCUCCCUGUGCGACCGAUUGGAUCAAAUUAGAAGAAAGAAUAGAAAAUGCCAUCUGCAAAAGAAUCAGCUUUGCCAUCAGCUCUUGGGAAAGAGAAAAAAAACAUUUUGAAACCCUGAAGAAAAACUUGUUCAAGGAAUUCACUAAAGAAUUCCAGUUAAUUGAAUCUGAGCUGCAAAUGAUUGAAAACAUGCUGGAAAGGUCCUCGGAAACAGAUUCCAUGGAAAGUGGAGAUUUGGCAACCCAUAUGGAGUUAAAAACCCUAAUGGACAAUGAGGUGGACAAAAUGUCGAUUGUAGACUUUAACCUAGCCGCCGAUGCUUUGAAAGUAAUUGCUAAGCGUGCUGUCACAAAAACCUAUGUUGAUGCCCAACUCCAAGAGGCCAGGGAUCAUCUACAGAUGAUGCGCGAGUCCAUUCCACAGCUAAUAGCAUCAACACGAGACUACAUGCAGGCAAUUAAAGAAGACCAACGGUCUAAGGAGCAGCUUAUUGCCACCUAUGACCCUGUCGUCAAGAAGUUUACCACAGUUAGCAAUGCGCUGGAAGAUUUUGCUAUGACACAUCUUUUCUUGUAUGAUUAUAACGAGACAGAUGUAGAACCAGACAUCGAUCCUAUGAAAGGACAAACAUCAUAUCAAGGGAACUGGACCGAAGUUUUCCCUGCCAUCUUAAAAUCCUCAGAAGAUCGACCCCUCAAAAUAUCUGUCAAGCGCUAUAAAGGAACUGCAAAAAGCAAGCAAGUGAACGAGGAAAUGGUUGAAAUGAGGAAACUUGGGCAACAAAAGAUGAGAUUCAUUCCCACCAUAUUGGGUUCUUAUUUGGACCCCACGACUGAACUGCCAGCUCUUAUCAUUAUCCCCCGUCUGACCAGUUUCCGAGUCCUCUGCAGUAGCAAGGACACAACUAAAGCCCUCCCGGGUCAGCUGGUCAGUUUGGUACUCAAGGGACCGGUAGAUUGUCUAAUCCAACUGGCGGACGCCUCGGCCUACCUGCACAAAAAUGGCCUCGUCUGUCUGGAUUUGUCUAUGGAUACAGUUAUGAUUACCGUGAGUAUUUAUUAA